AGUGCCUCUAAUAACAUGGCAGACCUACAGUAUAGCCCGUGUCUCUUCGCUUCACAGAUUAUGCACUCUUAUUGUCUAAUCCCUUAGCGCAAGCGCACGGGUCACAGUCCUGGAACACCAGACAGAGCGACGUUCUAAAAGCGGCUCAAAAUGGCAGAUGAAUUGACAGAUCCUCUCCUCUCAAUCUCUGAAGCUCCUACUGAUGUCCUACCUGCAUGUCCCACCAGCCCCACAGUGGCCAUCCUCGGUUCCGGAGACUUCUCUCGUUCUCUAGCUGUGCGGCUGAUAGCUUGUGGUGUGCGAGUGGUGGUGGGGAGUCGGUGUGUGAAUCGCAUCCAGUCAGGGCUGUUCCCUGAUUCAGUGGAGCUGAUGAGCCAGGAGGGGGCAGUAACGCAAGAUGUGUAUGUUGUGUUUAUGGCUUUGUUCCCUGAGCACUACCCUUCCUUGCUGGGACUGCAAUCUGCACUUGCAGGGAAGGUGCUCGUGGACGUAAGUAAUGCAACAGAGAUGAAUAUUCAUGGGUUAUCCAAUGCAGAGCGACUAGCUGAGCUGUUUCCAGACAGUCUGGUGGUCAAGGGUUUUAACACAGUGUCAGCAUGGGAGCUGCAGACUGGGGCUCAUGAUGGAAGCAUACAGGUCCUGAUCUGCAGUGACAGUACAGAGGGGAAGAGGAAAGUUCUGCAGUUGGCUCGGCAGAUGGGGUUCCACCCGGUGGACAUGGGCGGCCUUUCCGCUGCUCGAGAUAUUGAGGUAGCUCCACUGCGCCUAUUCCCAUCUUGGAGUGGCCCAAUCCUUGUCACCUUCCUGCUCUUCCUCUUCUUCUAUGGCUAUGGUUUCUUGCGGGAGAUUCUGUUGACGUUUCUUGCCCAAGGACACAAUGCUUUUUACCGUCUCGCCCUUGACCUGGUGAAUGAGAGCCUGUCAGCGGUCGCCUUGGUGACCCUGGCACUUGUAUACCUGCCAGGCUUGUUUGCUGCAUGGUUACAGCUCUGGAGGGGCACUAAGUACCGCCGUUUCCCAGCCUGGUUGGACCACUGGUUGCUGCGGCGAAAACAACUGGGCCUGCUGAGCUUCCUGUGCGCUGCAUUGCAUGGUGUCUACAGCCUUUGCUUGCCAUUGCGCAGAGUUACAUUGUACAGGUUCAUCAAUGCUGCCUACAGACAGGUUAAGGCCGGUAUAGAGGAGCCAUGGGAUGAGCAGGGUGUUUGGCACUCUGAUCUCUACCUGUCAUGUGGGGUGCUGGGUUUGGGUGUCCUCUCUCUACUGGCCAUCACAUCCCUUCCCUCAGUGGGUAACACCCUCAACUGGAGAGAGUUUACCUUUGUCCAGUCUGGUUUGGGCUACGCUGCUCUGACUCUGUCCAUCAUGCACAUGCUCUUCUUCAGCUGGGAUUUUGCCUUCCAUGUUGAGGCAUAUCCGUUCUACAUGCCACCAAGCUAUGUAUUAGCUGUAGCUCUGCCCUGCACUGUUCUGGUGUGCCGUUGUUUCCUGCUGCUGCCAUGCAUCUCCAUCAGACUGGCACGAAUCCGCCGUGGAUGGGAGAGUAAACGUAACUGUCCUGUACUGUAGUGACUAAUGGAAUACCAUAGGAAAUCUGAGAAUGAGAACAUACAUCUGUGCACUGACCUGAUGUAACUAAAGCUGCAGUGUGUAAUGUACACACCAGUAACUCCAAACAGAACUUCAAACAGUCCUCCCAGGCUAAAUACAAAGUUGUACAUAGAGUAUUUCGAGAGGAGGGAAUGUUCAUUUUUUUCUGAAAGUGAUAUUUGGGAGCAAUGAUGACUGUCAAACUUAUAAAACUGCUGCAUGUUAUAGAUUGAGAAGUAUUCAUGCAAUCUUAACACUAACCCUGCUAAGGUUGAGUAUUGGAUACAUGGAUGUGACCACUGGUGUUAUCAGGUUCAGUCAGUACCAGCAGAGGUCUUCUCACAGAAGCACACAGACCAGAGCUCUGCUAACAUUUCUACAGUACCUCAGGACUUAAGAACAGCUCUCCUUGUCCAUGUAUUCAUGAUCAUAAUGACACAAAAGCCAAUCAAGUACAUCAGUGUUGAUGUUUACACAUCUCUAGAAUAUUUCUGUGCAGAGACUCAUUCAAAUCAGGUCAGUAUCACAGCUCCCAGACACAGGAGAGUCUCCUCAGUCAUGCUGAGGUAUUCUGACCUUCAGUAAGUCCUGACUGGACUUCUGGUCUACUCCUUUGAAUAAAACUUUUUUUGAUCCUUGAGGAUCAGUAAUGACCAAAAUUGCAUUACAUUUACGUGUGCUAUCUGUUGUAACAAACCCUGUGUGAACUUACAGUUUGAAUGUCCACACAAAAUACAAAUACAUAAUGUUAAAGGGACUGUUUAGACAAAAAAAAAAUGCAAUUUCAUUCUGUGCCAUUAUAAUACUUUUGUGGAGUUUUUUUAUUGUUGUUUUGUUUUUUAGAGCUUGACUGGCACUGGUCACCAAGCACUUUAGAAAAUGACAGUCUGAACAUUUUAAAUAACUCCUUUUGUGUUAAGAUUGUGCACAGGAAAAAUAAAUUGAUAAAAAUGAUUAAAAAAAAUAAAAUUAAAAUUAAAAAUAAAAUUGUCCAUCUUGAGUGAACUAUCAUGAAGAUAAGAUACAGUAAAUGCCUUGAAAAAUGAGGGACUGACAUUCAGGAAAAUUUUAAUUCAAAUUCUUUUUUUUUUUUUUUUGCUUCUUAUACCUCCACUUAAGUGAUUUUUUUUUUUAUUUUUUUUUUUAUUUUUUACAACAUGCUAGGAUUGCAUGUGUUUUAUUUUCAGUUU